AACGACCAGCGGUCUUGACCCAAUUAGAUGGAGUAAAAGGGCAAAUGCAAAACCCUAAAUCGCAAAAGAAGUUCUCUAUUGCACUUGUAACCACACCGGAGAAGUAAACCAGCGGCUGAUCAGGAGUUUGGUUAGAAAUGGUGUCGGGGUCAGGGAUAUGCGCAAAGCGCGUGGUGGUGGAUGCUCGCCACCACAUGCUAGGUCGCUUAGCGUCGAUUGUGGCUAAGGAGCUGCUCAAUGGCCAGAAGGUUGUGGUUGUCCGGUGCGAGGAAAUUUGUCUCUCCGGCGGACUUGUCCGUCAGAAGAUGAAGUACAUGAGAUUCCUCCGCAAGCGUAUGAACACUAAGCCGUCUCACGGGCCCAUUCACUUCCGUGCUCCGUCCAAGAUCUUCUGGCGCACCGUGCGCGGUAUGAUUCCGCACAAGACUAAGCGUGGAGCUGCUGCCCUUGACCGUUUGAAGGUCUUUGAAGGUGUCCCUCCUCCUUAUAACAAGAUCAAGAGGAUGGUCAUUCCUGAUGCUCUCAAGGUCCUGAGGCUUCAGGCUGGUCACAAAUACUGCCUGUUGGGCCGUCUUUCUUCUGAAGUCGGGUGGAACCACUACGACACCAUCAAGGAGCUGGAGAAUAAGAGAAAAGAAAGAUCUCAAGUGGUUUAUGAGCGAAAGAAGCAACUUAACAAACUCAGAGCUAAGGCCGAGAAGGUUGCUGAAGAGAAGCUUGGAUCUCAGUUGGACGUUCUUGCACCUGUCAAGUACUGAAUUUUAUCAGAAUAUCGUUGUUUUUGAAUGUUUCCUCAAGUUUUGCGCCGACCUGGUAUUGUAAUAUUACGAGGUUCUGUUGUAUGCGAUUUUUACUUUGUUUAAUAUAGAGUUUUUUAAAAUUUAA